UUUACGUGUAUACAGACAUACGAUGAGGACAUUUGGAUGGUUUCUCGUCACCCUGUCCGCCAUCAUGGCGGUCACGUCAGCGCGUGUCAUGUCGACGAUAGAAUCCGCUAUGUUGAGACAGGAUAUCAGUUCUCAGGUAAUCUGCUUAGAAUACGAAAGAAAACCAACCAAAAACUGCGCUUGGGUUGCUGGACUCAACAUCUUCGCCGAUCAGCUGAUUGACGGGGGCAAAAUCAUCGCCUACAAAAUCCAGUGGAAGAGUAAAAGGUGGUCCACCUGGUAUGUUCCUGGCCUCAACGACAUCUCCAGGACCUACAACCCCAGCGACCACGACUGCGACGUCCUAGAGUUCAAGGCUAACAGCAUGAGGAGAAUGUGGUCGUUGUUUUAUGACCACACCCAUGUGUACAUCAUCUGUAAGCCUUGAGUGAUGAGUGCAAAUCCAGGCUUGGCGGAUGAACCAUUUAAUGCCACAUAUUUACAGUGUGAUUGUUUCAAAAAGACAAAUGAAUCAUUAUCAAUCAAACUGUUACUUUGAAUGAAACAUAUUGUAGGAAUUCUU